AUGCAAUCCCAACUCGUCAAAUCUUUGAGCCUUUCGAGAUGUAGACGGAUAAAUUCAGCGGGUUUUAAACGCGCUGGACCUUCCGUAACGCAACGACUAAAUUCUACAUCGGCACCCAAAACGAAGCCAUCACCUGCGCUUGUACAGCAAUUGCGCAAGGAAACGAGCUGCUCGAUCCAAAAGGCAAUUCAAGCCCUUUCGACGACGUCGAACGACUACCAAAAAGCAGUCGAAUGGAUCCAAGCUGACCUUGCGCAGGCUGGCCAAAAAGCAGCAACCAAACUUUCUUCGCGAACAACAAGCUCUGGACUCGUCGCACUGUCAUCUCUUUCAAAUGGUUUGGGUGUCGAGCGAAUAGGCAAUGUGGGCAUCCCCCUAAGGGUCGGUGUCGUUGAAGUAGGAUGUGAGACGGACUUCGUGGCACGGAGUAGUGUCUUCGAAAAGCUCUGUCGGGAUCUUGCAUGGUCUAUAGGAUUCUACGCCGACGAGGGCGGCGUCGGACCCUCGCGACAGUACAUCCAAACUGUAGAUGUCCAAUCCAUCUUGGAGGCACCAAUGGUGUCCGAGCCGAGCGACAUCACCCGCUAUUUCGAUCCAAACGGCCAUUACGAAUACCAUUACACUCGUCGGAGAGAGAUCACACUUAAACGGGCUGCUUCUGUCACAGCACUCCCGCUCCCACUCGAAUCGACUUCCACUCUUUCAGCUGGCAUGUACGCACACAACUCUACUGCACCAAAGGAGGCACGAGGUCUCAGUGGGACGAUUGGAGGUGUCGCCCUGUUAAGACUCAAAGCCGACAACCUUCGUGGCCUUAUCCUACCAGAGACCCAAGGCGGACACGGUACUGAAUGGAGAGCAGAGUAUCGUGGACUAGAGCGUGCGAUUGCUCGGCAGUUGGUUGGGUUCGAGACAAACGGCUUGCGGGCGAAGGAAGGAGAGAAUGGACCUGUAGAUGACGGCCCAGCACCCUUGUACAGCCAGCCGUUCCAUACCUAUGGACCUCUCGCCGCUCGCAUCGCGAGAUAUCAAAAUCUAAAUCUCGACACAGUUGGAGGUGCGUUAGAUGCAUGGGGUCCCGCGAGUGGCAUGGAGCAGGGCUCAGUAGAGGUAUUGGAAUAUCUCAAGUGGAAAGUGGGGGAGGAGACGCCAUGA